CAGGAAUGGUUGACGGGCCGCGUUCUUCUCAGAGAGUGGGUAUAGCCCGCUAUCCGCCUAGACGUAGCUUACGAAGAAUUCUGCAAGAAUACCAGUCACCAUCACAAACGACUCCGAUUCCUCGUCGGUAAUAUCGGAUAGAAGUGCAGGUUCAGCAAGCGAGGUGACACCCUAAAUUGAGAGCUUAUUCGUUGUUAACUUGACACUUAUGUCUAAGGACAUUCAUAUUUAUGUACCACCCCACCCUCCGAGAGACUACGACGGUGGAAUAUCUAGAAAACCUUGCACAGGAGAAUUCGAGAUCAAACCAAAACGCAAAGGCAUUUUCCGUUGGCCUCAUAACCGUAUACAGUUUCGUGACCAGGAGCCGCACUGUGAAUAUGUGCCAAGGGAGACGGAUCCUGGUCUGGAAAUCGGCCGAGCGAACGAUGGGGAGUCGUUCGUUGCUCUCAUGUUCCUGAACACCCUAGACGGUUCUCCAGGGACGCUGCAUUUCAAGUUUAGUUUUAUCCCAGAUCCCUUUGAGGAUGCUCGCUUCAAGUCUGCUUCCUUCACAGUGAUGUUUUCAGGAGAAUGCACUGAUGGCACGUCAUUUCCGCUGAGCAUCCUGGAUACUGUCCCGCCGUGCAGACCUGCUGGUACGAUACACCAAAAUAGCCCCUAUGGACCGAUUGCAGUAGUGUCGGAAAUUCAGAGCCAAGGCUCGUGCCCAACUGUUCGAUGGUCACUUAUAGAGCAAUGCCCGGGAAAUGGACUGAACACGAACUACGAGUUGUCUGUAUCUCUUUCCGCCAUCCCAGCCCGCCUAAACAUGACGUACUAUACCGAGGCAACCUUAACAAAGGAUCUGCCCAUUUUUCUGGGAUUUUCAACGGAUUUGAAGAUCGGGUCGAUGGAGAUGCCAUAUGAGAGGACGAUUGUGUAUGGGGAAGCAGACAAUGCAGGGACAGGGUUAGGUUAGAUUGCUUGUUUACGGGCAGUGUUGUAAUAGAGUAGUGUAGUAUGUCAAGCAAAGUAAUAGGGUUAACGGAG